AUGAUGGAGAAGAAGCAGAAGAAGUUCCUUACUGUGGCACCCUUUGAGUGUGCCUGGCGUGAUGAUUUGAGGUUUAGGGAAGCUGGAAGGGGCUGCAUAGCUUUCGAAGCUUUUGCUCACAAUGAUGUCACCGUUGUGUUUCGAGAGCAUGUAGGUAGUCAGCACUACCAUUACAAAAGGGACAAUAGUCCACACUAUACUGUGAUUAUUGGUAGUCAUAGGAAUAGGAGAUUCAAAAUUGAGGUUGACGGGAAAACAGUGGUGGACGUGGCAGGGCUCGGACUUUGUUGUUCUUCAGCAUUUCAAAGUUACUGGAUUAGUAUCUAUGAUGGAUUGAUUAGUAUUGGCAAGGGGAUGUAUCCUUUUCAAAAUCUUGUAUUUCAGUGGCUUGAUUCAAACCCCAAUUGUGGCGUUCAAUAUGUUGGGCUUAGUAGCUGGGAUAAACAUGUUGGAUAUAGGAACGUUAAUGUGUUGCCAUUAAAUCAAAAUCAUAUAUCCAUGUGGAAGCAUGUGAAUUGUAGUGAAUUUGAGGGGGAUAAGGAUGUGGAAGAAGAUUUGGAAGUUGAUACCGGAGGAUAUGAAAAUUGGGGGCUUGAAAAUUUUCUUGAGAGUUGGGAACUAUCUGAUGUGUUGUUUAUUGUUGGAAAGGAAGAAAGGGCUGUCCCAGCUCAUAAGGUAAUCUUGGCAGCAUGUGGAAAUUUUAGUUUGAGUUCGUCCAAUGAAGAUGUUAUCCAGCUCCAGGGAGUAGCCUAUCCAGUUAUGCAUGCAUUUCUUCAGUUUAUCUAUACGGGCCAUACUCAGAUUCCCGAGUCACAUCUCAAUUGCCUGAGGUCCCUUAGCCUACAAUUCGAAGUGAUGCCAUUGGUGAAGCAGUGCGUAGAAAUCAUUGAGCGAUUCAAACUCAACAAAAAAUUGUUCGACUCGGGUAAGAAUGUAGAGAUAUCAUAUCCAAGCUCUAGGCCCCGUUGCGGGACAGCCUUUCCCUCUGGGCUUCCUGUCAACAUGCAGAGGCUUAAAGAAUUUCAAUUAACUGGCAAGUACAGCGAUGUGGACAUACAUAUAGAAGGUCAUGGCCUAGUUGUGCGGUCGCAUAAAAUUAUCUUUGGUUUGUGGAGUGUUCCAUUUGCAAAGAUGUUCACCAAUGGAAUGACUGAGAGCACUUCUUCUAAGGCUUGCUUGAGAGAUGUCUCAAUUCAAGCGUUCAAGGUUAUGCUUGAAUUCAUGUACUGCGGGGAACUCAAUAAGGAAGCUACCAUGGACAUAGGUACCCUGCUACUCCAGCUUCUUCUAUUGGCGGAUCAAUAUGCGGUUACUCUCCUCCAUCAGGAAUGCUGCAAAACACUAUUAGAAUGCCUCUCGGAGGACUCAGUGUGCCUAAUUCUCCAAGUGAUUUCAUCCAUUCCUUCAUGUAAACUUAUUGAAGAAACAUGCGAGAGGAAAUUUUCGAUGCACUUUGAUUAUUGUACUACUGCAAACAUUGACUUCAUCUUGUUAGAUGAAGCAACCUUUAGCAACAUUCUCCAGCAUCCGGGCUUGACAGUAACAUCUGAAGAAAGAGUUCUCAAUGCAAUCUUGCAAUGGUGUUUGCAAGCAAUGGAGUUGCACGGGUGGGAGGUAGUGGAUGAGAUGAUGAUGAGUUCCACUCCAAAACUUCUUUUUGGGGAGAGGCUUCGGUCUCUUGAUCUCUUGUUGCCCCUUGUGCGCUUCCCACUACUUCCCUUUGCCCUGCUAAAGAAGUUGGAGAGGAGCAACCUUUGCAGGCAGAUUCCUACUUUUGAUUUUCUGGUGAGAGAGGCCAUCAUUUUUCUAGAAAUCGGAUUGGCUAGUCCAGAAAAGGCCCUAGAUGUAAGAUUCCAGCAUAGGCAAUCUAGUUUCAAGGAGCUUCAGUACAUAUGUGACGGGGAUAGCAAUGGAGUUAUGUACCUUGCGGGCACAUCUUAUGGGCAGCACCAGUGGGUUAAUCCUGUUCUGUCCAAGAGAAUUACAAUUACUGCCAGCAGUGGCAUUUCAAGAUACACUGACCCUAAAGUUUUGGUUUCAAGGACUUACCAGGGAACAUCCUUUGCUGGGCCUCGGGUUGAGGACGGAAAGAAAAAUGCAUGGUGGAUGAUUGACAUUGGUCAAGAUCACCAGCUUAUGUGCAACUAUUACUCUUUGAGACAGGAUGGAUCGAGGGCUUUCAUGAGAUCGUGGAAUUUUGAGGGCUCUUUGGAUGGGAAAACUUGGACAAAUUUGAGAGUACACGAGGAUGACCAAACAAUGUACAAGCCUGGUCAGUUUGCAUCAUGGCCUGUUGUUGGUCCCAAUGCUCUACUUCCCUUCAGGUUUUUUCGAGUUAUCUUGAUGGCGCCCACCACAGAUGAUGCUAACGCUUGGAGCUUCUGCAUUUGCUUCUUGGAACUCUAUGGCUAUUUCCACUAG